GUCUCUGGAGCAGCUCCUGGUGUCUUUGCAGUGGGGCAGACAGCAGACUUACUACCCCAGUGCACAGCCCCUCAGCAUGGGAGAGCUGGCUGCAGCCAAUCACAAGCUGGCAGAUGCCAUCAACUCCCACCUGCUGGGGAAAAGCAGCAGCGGCGUGACGAAGAGCAGCGGCGUGACGAAGAGCAGCGGUGCAGCAGCUGAGCAGCUCUGUAGCACGCCAGCUGAGAAGAUGGCUGAGAAGGUGCUGAAGAGUUUAAAUCCAGUCCAGUGUUCAGAAAACAAAGCCGAGCCUCCGCUCUGCGAUUCCACUUCCUCUAACUUUCUCAACAAGAAGAGCAUCGGCAGGUUCCACCCUUACACCCGCUACGAGAACAUCACCUUCAACUGCUGCGAGCGCUGUACUGGAGACAUCGUUGUGCUUUGAAGUGAAAGAGGAGGAAACGUCUUCACCGGACUCUCUGGAAGCAGCAGAAUUGACUUAAUUUACAGCAGAGUCGUCAUCGAUGACUUGCUGGUGCUUCGAGUGGACACAACGCAUUCAUGUGGAGGUUUCUUUUUUCAGAUAUUGAUUUAAACGCAGAGAUAUUGUAGGAAGCGAUUAUGAAAGUUUAGUCGUUUUAUUUAGGAAAUUUAUUGCAGUAAUUAAGACUUUUAUCUCCACUGUAGCUCAUUUUAAUUGUUUGUGUCCAGGCUGCGCAGUCAUGGUGAAUCAGUGUUGGAAGA